GGUGGGUUUAAUGAAUGGGAAGGCUGUAUUUAGUAACUGUCAUUACAAACGAAAGAAGAAAAUGUACUCCAACUUCUUACGAAACAUAAAAUAAAUGUGCUGACUAAAUUUACGUCACUGAAGAAAAGUUAGAUGCUUAACGAUCUCUCAAUUCUCAAGACAAAGAAAAGCUUUUAUUUUAUCAGAAACCUAAUUUGAUCAUCAACUGAAAUUCAAAUCCAAAUGGGGAUUCCUAGAUUUAUGCCCUGGUUUAAUAAAAAGAUCACAGAUCCUCUUCUUCUAAUACUCCGAAGAGGAGCUGAACCAAACCAACUGGCAUUAUCUGUGGCACUUGGACUUACCCUAGGAGUAUUCCCAAUCUUUGGGGUAACUGUAUUCCUCUGUGGAUUGGCUAUUGCAUUACUUGGAUCUCGUUGCCAUGCGCCUAGUGUUAUGCUUGCUAAUUUCAUUUCUGCCCCGAUAGAAUUGAGUUUGGUGGUUCCCUUUCUUCGUCUAGGUGAAGUCAUAACUGGAGGUUCUCAUUUCCCCUUAACCACUGAUGCGCUAAAGAAGGUGUUGACUGGCAAAGCCUCUCACGAAGUCCUACUUAGUAUUCUCCAUGCGUUACUAGGGUGGCUUGUGGCAUCCCCUUUCAUCUUGGCUGUACUCUAUGUGAUACUUCUGCCAUGUUCUAAGUUCCUAGUUCACAAGUUCGCUCCACUUCCUUCAAGCCCAAAAAAGCCAUUAAGCCCCUUCACAGAUAUCAGGCUCAAGAAGAUGGAUGCUGGCUGGAUGAAUGUGAAUCUCAAAAUGUAAAGUAAAAGAGUCUGCAGCUAGAGUUUAAGCUCAUUUAUUAGGUCACGGUUCCCUCGGAAAAGAAAUAUAUAUAGGUUCCCUCGGAAAAGAAAUAUAUAUAGGUUCCCUCGGAAAAGAAAACUCAGGAAUUUUUGGAAUCAAACACUGGCAUUUUGUGGAUCACUGUACAGGAGUAUAAGGCAGGUGCAGAUCUUGACCAUGCGGCUGAGUAUUCUAAAGCUCCAAGGCAUUUUGAGAGUCCAAGUGCUACUAGCAUUCUCCCAGCCCGUCUGAGUCGGAUUCUAUUUUCAAAUUCCACUUCAAGUCCCUUCUAGCUGUAACCAGUAACUGCCACUUCAAGUCCCUUCUACUGUAACCACUAACUGCUAAAUUUGAAUUUCCUUGGACUCAAGGGUUUGCUUCAAGAGCUGCUGAGAAACUCUGUACCUUGAGCAACUAGACUCCUUUACAUUUGCCGUAAAAGUGGGUUUAUCCUCCA